GUCGUAGGCACGCUUUGUGGUUCGAAGUCCGGGAACCCGGGAACGUUGUUAUAAUCUGUCGAUUUUACAAAUAAUUAGCAUUCUUAAGGGACGUUUGUGGGAUAAGCGGUCGAUUAAUAGAUAAGAAAAACUGUUGCCGUGUGGAUGCGUGGUUAACUCAGAUCUAGUGAUAGAUUCAUUCCCCCGUGUGAACGAUGUAGGAAGCCCCUUUACACUGUUCCUAACUCAACGAAGUAUGUAUUUUGCCUCAGCCACACAACACUCGUAAUAUGAAGCGUCAAAGUUUACGGUUUACUGCUUGGGCAGUGAUGUAUGCCUGUUACAGGCGUGUUGAAGUAGUGUUGUUGUGCCGCCGCCCACAUACACGGGAUUCACAUACAAGUGGAGGGUUGACUCGGGUAAGAGACUUUCACGUUACUGGUAAUAUCAAUUUCAUCCAAAUAUGUCUGAUAUUAUAAACAAGUACGACUACGUCCGUUUCACUGUGGCUGACUUACACGGAAGAUCUAGGGGAAGAGUUGUGCCUGCACGACAUGCUGAGAGAUACAUGACGACCGGUGUCACGAUGUUUGCAGGUUCAUUGUCGUUUGGACUCCACGGUGAAGUAAUCGGUCCAUCAGAGAAGUUCAAAGAUGACAGGAUGCCUAAAGUGUAUGCACGACCUGACCUCAGUACCUUGUAUAAUGUCUCUUGGUGUGGUAAUGACGACAUCAAGGUGGCUGAGGUUAUUUGUGAGAGCUACUGGUUAAAGAGCAGAUCGGUGCAACUUGCAUGUCCUCGAUAUGUUGCACGACAACAAUUAGAAAAAUUGACCAAUCAUGGAUUUAGCCUCUUUUCUGGAUACGAGGUUGAAUUUACACUGGCACAAUCUGCCAUACCGUAUCCUCUUGAACCAGAUUACAUGCGUCACAGAUUAGUCAGCAAACAUGACGGUUUUCUAUUUUACCUUGAAAAACACAUGCACCAAGCAGGUGUCGACAUAGGCUCUUUCCAUUCUGAGUGGGAUGCAGGGUUGUUUGAGAUGGUACUCCAACCAUCGUAUGGCAUCAAAAGUGCUGAUUCGUGCAUUACCUUUAAGAACGGAAUUCUAGAAAUAGGGGAUACGAAAGAUUAUUCGGUUAGUUUCAACUCCAUGCAAGAAUCUGGCGGAGUAGGAAUGCAUUUUAACCAUUCUCUUUGGUCCUUAUCCGGGGGCGUCAAUGUGUUCCACGAUCCUUACAGUGACCAUGGUCUCAGCACUUUAGGAAAAUACUGGCUGGCCGGUCUCAUGAAACAUGCGAAGGCUCUGAGUGCUUUCUUCUGCCCGACCAGCAACUGUUACGAUCGUUUGCACAAGCCCAAUCUUCCUGGACUCAUCUACUGGAGUACUGAUAAACGUUCUGCUUGCGUUAAAGUCAAGUCUGUGGAUGCUGGGACCUAUAUUGAAAAUCGCAUUCCCAGUGGGAUGAGCAACCCUUACAUCACUCUGGCGGCCACAAUAGCUGCAGGUCUUGAUGGGAUUGUGAAGAAGUUGGAGUGCCCUCCUCCGGAUGAAAGUGUCCCACCCAAUGCUCUUCCUCGCACUCUUUCAGAGGCUUUAAGUGAACUUCAAGCAGACACGGAUAUGAUCCACAGUUUGGGAGAAGACUUCAUUCAUUGGUUUGUAUGCACCAUGAAGACGGACAGUGACGCUACUUGCAGAGUUGCAUCCCUUAAUCGUGACUGAAUCCUGUAACUGUGUGCUGAAUUCCAGAUUUCAUCUGAUUUUGGUCAGUUACUUAUAUACUGUUCAUAGUGGCGUUUUAAAACUGCUUCAUCAUUCUUCUAAUAUGAUCAAAAUAUCAAAAAUGAUCAUUAGAACAUGAUAAGGUACCAUAAGUGCCUUUCUUGUAGUCAAGGGAUUACUAAAUUAGAAUACAGGAAGCCUAUUGCUGAUUAACAAUAAAUAAUCAUUACUUCUUUGUUGUUGAACGCUGCACACGGUAAAUAGUCCAGCUAUA